AUGGCGGUCUUGCCGGAGGUGACGACGACCACGAAAGAGGUGAACCUCGAAGAUAUCCGGAUUGAGAACGACGGUAUGAGCACGCCGGAGGCAGUAGAUCGCCUAAGGGAGAUCAUCUGGAGCCGACAGUACCUGCUGCUUGGGAAAGGGAACGCACUGCCACCCGCCGCGCGAGGCGUCGUCUGCGACAUCGAAACAGGGGACGCUAAGCUGGUAGCUCAACGCGUGACAAGCUGUCCAAUCUGA